CUUUGCUCUGCUUGACUUCCUCUCGCGGACAGGAAUCUAAACUAGAGGUGUGGUGUAUCUGCUACAGGGAUCACACAAGGACUUGUUGGAAGCGCCACCGCCCCUUGGAGACUUCCGGUCGGGGGCAGCAUGAAGGCUGCUGUGUGCGCGGCCCUAGGCCUGAUGCUGGUCGUCAUGGCUGAAGGUCAGUUCGCGCCAGAUCUCCCUGUGAACAUCAUCAACGUCGAGAUGUACAUUCCUGACCUUGACCUUGAUCAGAGGCCAGGGCUUCUAGACCCCACUUCCGGUGACCAUGCCAACCUGACGAGCGAGGUCAAAAAGGCUUUCUCUGAGUACGGAGGUGACGUGGAGCAAGUGCUACUGAGUGAUGGGUCUGGCUGUGUGAAGGUAUUCGUGGUGUGGAACAUCGCAGACAACAGCGCCCUGUUCUCACUCACUAGACAGCUACAGAGGGACGGACUCACCGUCUUUGGCAAGACCUGGGACAUUCGCUUCGAUGAAUGCAAACCCGCCGCCACCCUGCCACCACCAGACACUGAAGUCAUCAACUUCGAGAUGCACGUACCUGACCUUGACCCUAUGUCAAGGCCGUCGCUUAUGAACGUCACAUCUGCAGACUACACGGAGCUCAAUGCAGCGAUUGUAUCGUUCUUCUCGCAAUACGGAGGGGAAAUUGAGGAUGUCAACGUGAGCGAUGGAUGAUUACAGUGUUGUGGAGCUCAAGUUGUACCUGGUGGGCCUGCAGUGGUCAGACGCCUACAAUGACCGGAGCUCGCCGGAGUACAUGAGUGUAGCGUCUCUGGUGAAGGAAAGGUUCCAGGCUCUGGGAGGGAAACUGAUGAAUCUGGAACUGGGUCAAGUUCUACUCCAGCGGUGGUGAGAACAUGACGUUUGAGAUGUACCUGCACAACGUGACCUACAACCGGACCACCAUGUCCAGAAACUCAGCCAUUUACCGCAGUGUGGAGACAGCGGCCAGGGAUGCUUUGUCCAAUUACGGCGGACGUCCGAACAACAUCACCUUCCAGCCCCAUGGACGAAGACGUGUGCCCAGACAUGAGCCGGGAAGAGUCAGGCCUGGUGGGUCUGUGUGCCUUCAUGUGCAGCGAAGACUCUGAGUGUCCCGGCCAGCUCAACAAGUGUUGUAAGAACCCCUGUGGUGGGACCAACUGCAUGGAAGUGGGCUACCAGCAGAAACUGAAGACCUCCCUGUCCACACAGAUCCCUUACACCAUGGCUGUGACGUCAUCAGCUGACGGCUCUGUGUCUCUGGACGCCAGGCUCAACACAACUCUUGUGGCUAUGGUGGACAACAUGAUGCGGCGAUACCGGGUCCCCCAUUACCGGAUGUCCCGGGUGGUGGGUUUCCGACCCGCAGACGACACGGUACAGAGGAGGAAGAGACAGGUCAUGGAACCCACGACAACAAUAGACAUGGAGCUGUUGUUCAGGGGAGAGGUUCCAGUGAAGAAAGUUCUAGAGAUGAGUCAGAUGUUGGAACGUGUUCACAUUCCUUACAUGGGCACAAACUACAGUGUCAGCGCAGUGGACUCGGGAGAUGAAAAGAACUGCCCCUCCAAACCCUGCUCCAGUGGCUCCUUAUGUGUGACGUCACUGGGUGGUCAGCGCAAAUGUCAGUGUCCCAUGGACAAGGGAGGCGACUACUGUGAGAACGAUGUCCACUUGGUGGAGUUCAAGCUGUAUGUGCUUCAACUGACCUGGACUCGGGAGCUGCAGGACCCAGGCAGCAGACGAUACAUGGACUGGAAGACCGCAGUCACCUCCAAACUGUCUGGGAUGGGCGGGAAACUGGUGACCUUGGAGUUCUCGUCUAUCAACUCGUGUGUGGGCAUGUACGUCCAGUGGGAGGCGACCACAGACACGGCUAUCCUCAGUGUCAUCACAGGCCUUACGUCACAUCCCCUGGGGGUCGCAGGGAUGUACUACACGGUGCAGACCAAGCCUUGUCCUCUGACGCCAACACAGGGUACAGGGGAUGACUAUGUCUUCAGCAUGUCGGCUCUUGUGGUCAUUGACAUGGAGUUCGAUCCCAGCAUUCUGCCCACGUCACCAACAUAUAUCAUGAUUGACGAGAUUGUUCAGACUGAGAUGGACGAGGUCUUGAAGUCAAAGGUCGUAGGUUACAAGAUGAACAAAGUCCUGGGCUUCCGGCCAGCCAACAGCAGUAGCUACAGAAACGACAGCUACAACAACAACAACUACAACAACAACUACAACAACAGCACCUAUAACAACAGCACCGGUGGUCGCAACAGAAGACAGGCACUCCCAGCCACAGAAGUGGCGGUAGAGCUGUACUUCAUCAGUGAGGUGCCCGUGCAGCAGAUGUUGGAAGUCUUGGAGGAUGUGGAGAGUUCUCCGAUCGUCAUACGGGGGGAGUCGUACGCCGUUAGACGGGUCAGGGCUGGAGAAGAAGGCCCUUGCCCCAGAGAUGAGUGCAGUCGGGGAUCCGUGUGCGCCGCCAACAUUUCCGGCAACAAAUACUGCGCAUGCCCAGUGGGCAGGGCGGGCCGUCGGUGUGAGAUUAAUG